AUCGUGGUGACCAAAACUGGAUGCUGGAUUCCAGGUGUGGCCUUACCAAGGCCUUGUAAAGUGGUAUUAACCCUUCAUGUGAUCUUGAUACAUUGUAGCACAAGCAGAUGGAUUAAAGCGGAGAGGAUACAUUGUAGCACCCGUAGCUUCCCCCCUCCCCCAGGAAUAUGGCAGAACCCGCAAGAACAGAGAAUAAAGAAAUCACCCCCCCUCCCAACAACUGGGUUCUGACAAUGUCAGAAGUGUUUAAAAGAAUUGGACAUGGAAGGGGGGGGGCAGAGUUGGGGGUCCGAGCAGAGCCCAGACAACCAUCUCUUGGGUGGCUGCCUGGAAGUGAAGGCCCUCCCCCACCCUCCAGGGACAGGAAAGUGGUGCUCAGCCAACUGAGGUUCCACUCCAAAGACUUGCCCAGAGCCAAAGGCCAGCGCUGCCCAGUGGCCGCGCUGCUCCUUAGGCGCCACGCCUUUUGGCAAGGCCAAGGUGGAAUCCGCAGAGCCAGGGAAGCAGAUCUCCGGAUAGGAAGAGGAGCCAGGCGGUUCCUCCUGCACGGCCUCCGCUUAGGGCAGCCACUGGGGCGAUCCGGGGCUCCUUCCAUCCGGUAAGAGGCAGCCCGGGGAGGGCCGAGAGUUGGGGGCUGCUGAAGCAGGGGGUGCCCUUCGUCCCUGUUGCCCAGCGGGAGCCAGCCCUGUGGCGGCAGGGAGCGUGCUUUCCUGGCACCGUGUCUCCUGCCCCAAAGGGAACCGGCCUGGCUUCGGCCAAGGGUCUGGGGGGGCUGGAUCCCUCACUGCCCUGGGAGUUCUGGGCCAGGCUCCUGCCCUUCCUUUGGGGCCGGGGUGGGGGCAUUCAGGGAAAGCGACCCUUGGCUUCUUCUGAGGGUUUACAUCCCUCAAGAUUUACCUGGGGGAGCUCCAGCAGCACCCAUAAAGGUCUCCCCUAUCCUUGUCACCUUUGACUCUAAAGUGCUGCUCUCAUCUCCGAUUCUUAGCCAAGGGAACCAGCGUUGUCUGAAGGCAUUUCCGUGGCCGUAUGGCCGGCAGGACUACAUGCCGAGGCACCAGGAAUGCAGUAACCUUCCCACCGACGUGUGAGAGGAGCCCCAGGAGCAGCGGAGCCUCUGAAGGAGGAGGGAGGCAGGGAGGGAGACCCCUCGGCACCCCACAGCCUUCGCACAACUGGAUUCGCCCAUCGCCUAUUAUUGUUCCAGAAGCUGCAGCAAUCUGAGCACGGCCCGCUCAGGAGCAUGGGCCUCUUAGUCCACCUGCUGGUCUGCCUGCUGGGGACGGGCUCCUGGGUGGCCAUCAACGGCGUGUGGGUGGAGCUGCCGCUGAUCGUGCCCCAGGUGCCCGAGGGCUGGCUCCUGCCCACCUACCUGACCAUCAUCGUCCAGGUGGCCAACCUGGGCCCUCUGGCCUUCACCCUGGCGCACCGCAUCCUCCGGGGGCGGGCGGACGAGGUGGGCGUCAUCUACGGGCUGCUGGCCCUGGGCUGCCUGGCCUGCCUGCUGCUGGCCUUCUUCUGGCAGGAGACACAGCCACUGGGCGCCGCCCGCUACAGCGUGGCGCUGAUGGUGCUGCUCUUCUUCCUGGCCCUGGUGGACUGCACCUCCUCCGUCACCUUCCUGCCCUACAUGCGCCGGCUGCAGCCUUGGCACCUCACCAGCUACUUCGUGGGCGAGGGGCUGAGCGGGCUCCUCCCGGGGCUGCUGGCGCUGGGGCAGGGGGCCGGCGCGGCUCGCUGCGUCAACGGCAGCCUGGUGGGCAACGGCACCUCAGAGCUGCUGGUGGAGUACCAGGCGGCCCGCUUCUCCAUCCGGACCUUCUUCCUCUUGCUGAGCGGCAUGAUGGCCGUGAGUCUGGCAGCCUUCCUCGCCCUCAACCACCUGCCCCGGCGGGCAAAGGGGAACCGUGCCUGCCGAGAGAGCCCGGAUGGCACCCCAGCCACGGAGACAGGACAGCCUAUGCUCGGGGCCAUCGACUCCAGCCGUGGCACCGGCUACUCCCGUGCCCAGAAGGCCUGCGUCUUUGGGCUGAUGGCCUGGGCCAACGCACUGACCAACGGCCUCCUCCCCCCACUGCAGUCCUACUCCUGCCUGCCCCACGGCCGCCUCACCUACCACCUCUCGGCCACCUUGGGCAGCCUGGCCAACCCGCUCGCCUGCCUCCUUGGGAUGUUCCUGGCCAGCAGGUCCCUGAUGCUCCUCACUCUCCUCUCCUUGGCUGGAUCCCUCCUGGCCUGUUACAUCGUCAGCAUGGCUUCCUUCAGCCCCUGCCCCCCCCUGCUGCAUUCGCCUCUCGGUGUCCUCCUCAUCGUCCUCUCUUGGGUCCUCUUCAUCGGCGUCUUCUCUUACGUCAAACUGAUGAUUGGGACGAUUCUGCACGACGAGGGACGCAGCGCCCUGGUUUGGUGUGGGGCAGUGGUCCAGCUGGGCUCCAUGGUGGGGGCUCUCAUCAUUUUCCCUCUGGUCAGCAUCUAUGGCUUCUUCCACUCGGGAGAACCUUGCAACUCCAGCUGCCCCAGCUAAUGGGACCCUGGACGGGCCCAACACCAUGGGGGCUGUUGUUCCUGGCCUUGCCGUGAAAGCUGCCAAGAGCCCCCCCCCAGUCCUAGUCAAUCAGAAUAGAGCUGGAAGGGACUUUGGAGGUCAUCUAGUCCAACCUCCUGCCCAAGCAGGAGAUCCUAUGCCCUUUCAGAUAGGAGGCUGUCCAGU